CGGUCCGGCCGCUAGUGUACGCUCUAACAGGACUCGGUGGGUCUGGUAAAAUACAUAGCGCUUUGCAAUAUGCGCUCCGCAAUCGGUUUAGAUAUUAUGAUGGCGUGGUCUACUUCAACGCCAGCUCAACCACUACGUUGAUGGCUGAUUUCCAUUGUAUUUAUGAUCUCCUGAACUUGGGCAACGCUCCCAACAAAAUAGAGGUUUUAAGACAGUGGUUCGCAAGACCAGGCACUUAAAUUGGCUAAUGAUAUUUGAUGGCGCCGAUGGUCUACACUUAGUCCCACUUUUGAAAUAUUUUUCUGUCUGUCCUAGGGGCCAUAUUAUUAUCAUGAGUCGCGAUCCAAUUGCUAUCGGUGUGCUCGCCCCCGCAGGGCAGACUCUGGAGCCUUUUAAAAAACAUACUACUGUUGAGUUGCUGCUUGAAAAGGCUGCAAUCAGUAAUGCUAUGCGGGAUAACCUGGAGCAAGCCGGGGCUAUCACAAAAGGCUUGGGAUACCUUCCUUUGGCGGUGAACCAAGCAGGUGCCUUUAUUCAGAGACGCCAGAAGUCACUGAAAAACUACCAUCAUCUCUUUCAGAAAAAAAAGUAUAAAAUCCUCAAAAUCAGCCCUGGGAUCAGCGGCUACGACAAUACCGUUGCAGCGGUUUUAUACGACUUGCGGUAUUGCUGGAGGAUCGAAUCGAUAUAAGCGCAGGUGGUCCCUUUGCCUUUUGUGCCAGCAACAUGAACGAUGUUGAGUCGGUCCAGAUCGCUGAUCUUUGAGAUUGAGCAUUGCAUCGCAUCAUAUUAGACAAUGCUUUCAGAAGCAUGGAGUCAGAGCAGCCUACCGAGUAGCCCAGGCAUUCGAUCCAUGUCCGCAUUCAAUCCAAAACCAUGCUAUUCGAAG